UUUCUAUUAUGAAUUGUGACACAAACAGGACGGGUUCCUUCUUAAUAUUCAAACUGGGAAAAUAAUUCUAAUAAUUUGACUUACCUUGAACAUUUUAAAUUGAAUUCCUGCUAAUGCAUAAGAAUGAAAUGAAUACUGGCCCUUGUAAGAAAAGCAAAUAAAAGAAGCCAAGUAGCCAGGCGCGUGCAAAAACUAAUGUCGUCAUCAUAGCCCCGCCCACUUUGUGACGUUAACUGACGUACCCUGGUUUGAGCAGUGCUGGAGACCAAGCAGCAUUAAUUUGGCGAGCAGACUCCGAAAGGGAGAGCCAGCGAUGGCUUCGCUCGGGCAGGAGCGCUCGUACGGGCUGUCGUGCGGGAAAAACAACAACAACAACAGCAGCAACAAACACGGACCCAACCGGACACUUUACCACGUCAAGCUUACCGACACUGCCUUUCGAGCUCUGGAGGCUUACCAGAACCUCAAGGCUAAUUUACCAAGUGAGCCGUCUAUCUGUUUCGAGGGGAGUCAAGGGUACAUUAAGCUGCCAGCUCCCACAGCAGAGUCGCCCAAUGCGCUUCGCGUCUUCUCCUUCUAUUUAUCCAGCGACUGCAAAGACCAGCCACAGGCCAGCUUCGACUGCAUCCAUCAAUAUGUUUCAAGUGACGGCCGCGAGCAGCUGGAAGGUCAAGGGGUCAUCCAGGACAAGAUCACCGUAUGCGCCACCGAGGACUCCUACCAGAUGACACGCGAGAGGAUGUCUCAGGUAGAGAAGGAUAGCUGGAGCCGUUCCGCCAUCGAGAUAAAACCCGGAGCCACACAUCCCAGUAAAAGCGUCAAGAUCCAUAAGAGGCCGCCCAUCGCGUCCGCAUCAGACAGCAGCUUCUGCAAACCUCCUGCGCCCAGCCGAUGGAGCGGCAGCAUGGCCUCGCUCCACCAGAAGCCCCUCAAGGAGCGCAUCAUUCAUCUGCUGGCUCUCAAGUCCUACAGGAAGCCGGAGCUCCUGCUGUGGUUGGAGAGGGAACGGGUUGGUCCCAAGGACAAGACGGAGCUCGGAGCCAUAUUGGAAGAGGUGGCAAAAGUGAACCCUAAAGAUAGCAGCUACCUCCUGAAAGAGGACUUCUACAAGUACGUGCGGAGGGACUGGCCUGGCUAUAGCGAGGAGGAGCGACAGCUCGUGAACAGGUUGUUGUCAAGGAAGUUGCCGCCUCACGUGCACGGCCAUUGGAGGAAUCCUCAAGCCAAUGAAUCAAUCGUGAAACCAUCCGAGGACAGAAUGCUGAUGCAUCACAGCCUGACAAAGAACCCGGUAGUGAAACGCCCCGUGCCUACAGACAGUCUCCUAGCUCUGGCCGCAAAGAGACAAAGACAAAUUGAUCAGAGGACACAACCGCAGCCAUUUAUGAACGGACUCUUAAACAAUAAGGGAGCACCUAUCACUGAUCCUCUUACUUUCCACACUAAACCUGACUUCCAAGGGACGAAUAACACCAUAGGGAGCAACGUUAGCGACCACCAGCACGGUUCUCCUGGAGAGCAUAAAAUGUUGAGCACCCCCAACGUAUCGGAGACCGAUCAGCACAAAACCAAAGCGCUGUGCCGCGACCCACCUCGGGCAGACUUGGAAUGCCCUCAACAACAGAGGAAGAAAAAAUCCAAAAAGCAUAAAGACAAGGAGCGGGAAAGAUUGAAAGACCACCAGGACAAAAAGUGGUCAGAGGGGAGUCCAGAUCUCAAGCAUGAGCAGGACAAACUUGAGAAUUGCGACAUCACUAAUGGCUUGGAUUUGGCAGAGAAACCGGACUAUGUGAACAUGUAUGUCAGGAUCACAAGCGUGGAGCAGCGUCAACGCUACCAGGAGGAUUUCAGCGCCGAGUACGACGAGUACAAAGACCUGCACACCCGAAUCGCUACCAUCACUCACAUGUUUGUUCAGCUCGCAUCCAAGAUCAAGAGCAUGUCACCCGGGACGAAAGAACACAAGGUAAUGGAAGAUCAAAUUUUAGAAAAAUACAACAAGUAUCGAAAGAAAUUUCCAGACUACCAGGAAGAGAAGAAGCGCUGUGAAUAUCUGCAUCAGAAACUCUCGUUUAUCAAGCAGCUCAUCGAGGACUACGACGUCUCUCGGACCUCCUCGUAGCGUCGGCUCUCCCUUCACAUUGGAUUCAGUUCAUCGGGGAGAUUUUUUUCACGAACAACAUCUGGUCCACAAGUGAUGGAAAGGUUUUUCGAAGAGCAGAUUUUUUUUUUUUUUUUUUAACGUUGAAUACCCCCCCCCCCAAUAAAAAAAAAAAAAAAAAAAAACGGUCCAAGGAGAGAGACGUUAAACUCGGCAAAAUCAUCUUGGUUCAUCCACCAGAAUCAUUGGAAGCCAUGUUCAUGGAAAUCCGAAGAGCCUGUUGAACUCAUCAGUACACAUCCGAGUUGCCUCCUUUCAAGUGUUCCAAGAAAGCCUUCUGGUCUGCGGCUUAGCUAGUGCCUCUUUUCGUUUUUUUCUGCCAUAGCAUUGACAUUUUGACGUUUUCUUUUUUUGGGGGAUGACAUACUAAACCUAAAUAUUAUAUUUGUAUAGUUACGAACCCUUCUUCAUUAACUCUACUGUUUAAUUGCAGCUCAUUUUCAUUUAGGAUAUCCUCCGAAAUUCACUUAAAUCGAGGGUGGUGGAACGUUUUCUUGUCAGUUUUGUAUAAAGUCCUCCACCCUAAAUUUAUCGAAAAUAUAUGAUGCAAUGAUCAAACAAAUGCUUCUAAUUGUUAUGUGCAUCUGCGGAUUCAGUGUCUCUUUAUAACUGCCCUCUGUGUCACACCGCGGUGAGGGUUGUUUGUCGGGUCACUCUUCUUUUAUUUUGAAAGAAUGACUCUUCUCUUGUUUCAGGUCCCCCCCCCCCCCACCCCCAUCAGCCCUGCUCUGAAGGUUUCCACCUGUUGCCACUUACCUUGUGUUUAAAUGGUCCCUUAUCUCCCUUUGUCCUGUGCCAGUGUGUUUCGUCCUUGUGCGCGCACUCCAGCCUCUCGCCACAGAUUUGACCAGUUCUUGCCUUGUUUCCACAGCCUUGCCGUUUUGAGUUGUCAGUCGCAGAUCCUCAAAUAUAUCUUUGUACUUUGAACCCUGCUACUGUGUCCUGUGUCCAAGCCUGGUUCUGACACUCUUGAGGUUUUAGUUGUUUUUAGAAGGGAAUGGAAGGACAGAUUAAAUCCUAUCGCCGGCCCUCAGAUUCCCAACCCUAAAUUAGUAGUAUUUAUUGAGUGCAGUCUUUCACUUCCUCACAUAAUUGACUACUGGUGGAAUAUAUCGGGCGGCAUGAUUAGACUUCCGCCUAAUACAGUGAUGUGGAACAAAGUAAUUUUCUCGGAACUGCUGAUGUAUUUAUUUUAAGACGGCCCUCUUCUGUCCUCUAUUGCGGGCCUUGUAGAUUACAGGUCACAUGAUGUUAUCGAAGCACUCAGACAGGGAGCUAAAUAACCUUUUCGCCUUAUGUAACUCAAAGUGUCUCUUUUACAUUGCCCAUGGAAGCCAGCAUUCACCCCGGGGGUCAUUGUUAUAUACAAACAGCAUUACAACGGAAUGGGGGGUAUGAAUUCUCCUUUCAGAGCACCUGCGUGUGGAAUAAUUCUGUUACCACCCUGUUGUUUGGAAAGCCAUCGUCUGAGUAUUUCACACAGUAUAUCAGACCAAAUUGUCUUAGACAAGGACAUUGUGAAUAUUGUGGAAAAUGUCAUUUAUCUCAAUAAUUUAAAAAAGAAAGUCUAAUAUCAUACAGGAACUAAAACUCAAAAUGUACGUUUAUAUACGAAUUCUUGAGGUUUUAUUGGCAAUGGUUGGGUAUUUGGGCAUUUGCUCAGAAUUGAACCUGCGUCCUCUGCUCAAAAGACAUGUAGGCUACCACUACAGCACCAGAAAAUUGCUGUUCUGUAUAACAGCACAAAAAUGAUGGUGCAAAGUCAAUCCACUAAUUUUCAGACCUCUGAGGUGAUAUUGAAGCUAUACCAGGUAGGGUUGUUUAGAACUUGCCCUCCUGUCCUUUUGUGUUGAAAGUAAUUGCCGCUAUCUGACAUUGGCAUAUGGCCACAAGUGCUUUGAGCUUCACGCAAAAAUACUGUUACUACUGUAGAUGAUGUCAUCUCUCAGGUCAACUUUGAUGCCCCUGCCUCGCCAUUUCUGACAUUUUCUUAAAUACAGAUGUACUGCUUGAUUUAUGGCUCUGAUACUACUCCUGAAGGUGGAAAUUUUACGUGACUUUGUCCUAUACAUGGGAUGACGGGAGAACAAAAUAACGGGUUUUCCUAGCAGUGUGAAAGGCGCUCGUGAUGUGACAUUGGCCUCUCCAAGGGAGCACACCAUACAUUUUGAGGGUGUUCUCUUAUUUACAUUAUAGGGACAAAAAAACAACAUUCCACAACCAGAAUAGUGGAACUUUUGGCAGGCUACAAAGCAUGAUGGUACCAUAGUUAACAGUUAAUGUAUGAAAUUAAAAUGAAUAAAGUCACAUAUUAACUGUAAGUCCAAACUUGUGAGCACAUACAAUGACUGAAGGGAUCAAAAUAAGAUGGUUGGUUCAGGGAACAAUGAAGCUCUAUUGGCAAACAAAAUAAAAGUAAGCACUU